UCACUUUCUUGCAGGCCAAGUCAAAAAAAGAUGCGAAACAUCGGCGUUUUGUUUCUUGUUUCGGAUCGGUGGUGUUAAAAAUUUAGAUUUCGUUUGAAAAGUUUGCUUCCCCACGCAAAAAAAUGACGAAAGUUUGCGUCGUUUGCGGCAACCGGGCGUCCGAAACGGAUCGCGAAAUAAUCGAUCCGCUGCUGAAAGUGACCUAUCACAAGAUUCCGGUGAGUGAAAAUCGCAACAAAAAAUGGCUCGCGUUUUGCUCGCUUACGAAAAAGGACAACAUAAACAACAAAUUCGUGUGCAGCGAACAUUUCGAAAAGCAUUGCCUGGAAAGGGAUUUGAAAUCGGAACUACUGGACGGAGUCAAACGGAUGAUUCUUAAAAGAGAAGCUGUUCCCACGAUCAAAUCGCCGAAGAAAGGCAAACGUAAAAAUUCAGAAGACUUGGAACAAGAUCAGCACAAGAAACGAAAGGAGGAAAUCGAUAAGCUUCUGAAUGGCGAAUAUCCAAAGCCAAUUACGAAUCCUUUUCGGCCAAAGAAUAUGGGACCCAAAUCUUCGAAAACGAAUGCCAAGCAAAGCGACAAGCAACGUCAAUCUGAUCCCCCGGAUGAUGUUCCAGAAGUUGAGACGCGAUCUUUGACCAGAAGAGAAGAAUCGAAACGUUUGAAGGAAAUUGAGGCGGAAAACAAGUCUCUAAAAUUGAAAGUCGACGAAUUGGAGCAACUUAUAGUCAAGAAGAAUGAAAAAAUCACCUUGGCAAAAACGGAAAUGGUCAAUAUUACAAUAGCACUGCAAGAACUGAAAGACGUCGAAAACAAAAAUCUUAACAUACGCGUCAAAGAGCUACUCAAGGGACAUUAUACGGAAAAUCAAAUACGCAGAAUAUUCAACAGAACAGAGAUCAUCAGUUGGACCAAUGAAGAAAUGCAACAGGCAUUCACUCUUCGAAUGUUUGGAACGAAUGUGUUCGAUUACGUCUGCAAUCAACUCCGGUAUCCUUUGCCAGAUGUAAAAGAAAUGCUGCUUUGGGUUCACAAAGUCUAUCAACAAACUGGAUUCCUCAUACCAACGCUUAGCAUUUUGCAUGCACUGGGCAGUAGAAUGAAUCCCAGCGAGAGAGAAUGCGUUCUCCUUAUUGGCCGCACGAAAAUCUAUCCCAAAUAUUACUACGAUUCGGUUCGGGAUCAAAUCUUUGGCAAAAAGGCCUAUCUGUACUGCAUUUGCGUGCAAAGCAUUUUCGCUGACUGGCAUCAAAUUAUCUACCUCGACAUUGAUUUGAUUUACUCCACGGACAUUUUGAUGGCACUGAUCAACGAACUUCACGAAGUGGGGUUCAACGUGGCUGGAAUAAGUGCAAUGUGCGACCAGGAAACUGCUGAUCUCUGGACGGAGCUGGAUGUGUCCACCGAGGAACAUUUUAUCAGCCAUCCCAAGACCAACCUACCCAUCUACAUGUUUUGCUGUCCCAUUUCGACGCUUUCGGUGAUACUGAAAACAUUCGUGGAGGAAGGUUUGCGAGUACACGAAGAUGUUUUGGUCACCAAGGACAUCAUCCAAAAGCUGUACGAAUCUAAUCAACCGGAGAUUACUCAACUGCUGAGUACCACAACGCUCGACACGUUGUUGAAUGAACCUGAUUCCUUGGAAAUGGAACCCGUCGGAGAUGUGAUUUCGGACAAUUUAGUGCAGGCUCUGAAGAUACUUGCGGAGGAAGGCGAAGAAUCCAUAGCUGUAUCGGCCACUCUAUUUGAGCUGUUUAGAGAUUGGUAUGAUUUAAUGACAGUGGAACGCAAAACAAGCGAACACGAUGAAGAGCUCCUAAUUACCAACCAAGAGUACGGUAUGAACAUUGACGAGCAAAAUAUUGUUCUGGAUGGGAUGUACGACACAAUCGAAACUUUGAAAUGCAGCAGCGAACAAGCCACGUGUCUGCGGCAGGCUAUUCUAAUAUCGCUGAAUUCGUUGAAGAAGCUUCUUAAUGAUCUGCGGCAAAAGCACGAUUGCAAAUCGAUACCCACCAGAAAUUUGAGUUUAUUCAAUCUCAACCGAACCUUUGAGGCUUUUCAGGAGAACAAUCCUCCCAAUGCCCAACCGACAAGCAAAAUACUAUUCGAUCUAAGCAAAACUAUCAUAGAGAAAGAUAAAACUUCUCUGUCGACUAGAAUCAUUGGAGAAGCUCUAUUGCCCGUGAAUAAAAUUGUUUACGAAGCAUCUGACGUCAUUGUUGACCCAACCAUUGCCAACAUUUCGGAGAACCAAGCGUGUUCACACCUAAUCCAGUAUGUCGCCACAGCGCUACGGGGAAAAUAUGAAUAUUUGGGAGAUCAAACUUUCGUGAUCGAGAGGAAAGACAACAGCUACGUUGUUAUGCCGGAAAUGCCCACGGGAAUUGUGGAACCAUCGAAGCUUUGGGUUGAGCAGGCUCGAAAGCUGGAGACGUAUGUUUCGGAUAUUACCUUCUAUCGGAAUGAAAAUGUACUGGAAAAUCUGGUGAAUUCUAUCUCCAGGCGCCACCCCAAGAUGGGCGUUGAUAUCAUUCGGUUGUAUGUACAAAGGCGUUUAUUGAUUAAGCUCAACAAUUUGAACAAAGAUCUUGGCUUUGUUUAGAAUAGAUUAAUAAAGACUGUCGUGAGUUGUAAAUA